AUGGUGUGGAUACAUGGCGGUGGCUUUUUAAGUGGUAGUGGAAAUGAUGAUAUGUAUGGUCCUGAAUUUAUAGUUAAUAAAGACGUAAUUUUGGUAACCAUAAAUUAUAGACUUGGAGCUCUAGGUUUUCUUUGUUUGGAUACGGAAGAAAUACCAGGAAACGCAGGUAUGAAAGAUCAAAUUGCAGCGUUACGAUGGGUACAAAAUAAUAUAGAAAAUUUUGGUGGAGAUCCUAGCAAUGUAACAAUAUUUGGAGAGAGCGCUGGAGCAGCGUGUGUUUCGUGUCACCUUAUAUCACCAAUGAGCGUAGGUCUCUUCAAAAGGGCUAUUAUACAAAGUGGGUCUAUCACAAAUUCUUGGGCAAUAUGUCAAAAAGCACGUGAUCGUGCUUUGAUUCUAGCAAAAAAGUUAGGAUGCUUUACAGAAAAUGAUAAAGAACUAGCUAAGUUUUUCAAAUCCCUGCCCGUAGAGUCCUUGAUCCAAAUUAAACUACCGAUAACAGCAUCAGAAAAUUUUAUAGAAAAGAUUCAUUUAUAUUUUACAAUAGUCGAUGAAAAACAAUUCGGCAAUAAUGAGAGAUAUUUUUAUGAAAACGGUCUUACACUAAAUAUUCAUGAAGGUGUUGAUGUAAUUAUUGGAUAUGUGGAACAUGAAGGAAUAAUAGGUUUGAAAACUGAUAAAGACUUGAGUGUUAUAUUGGAUCACGCAAACUUUUAUCCGGAAUAUUUUGUACCAAACUCUAUUACUUUCAAAACCACAGUAAUGGAACAAUUGGAAAUCGUAUUGCUAGAAGAUGUAGAUACGAAUUCAAAAGAGUAUGAAAUGAUACAAACAGUAACAAAACUAUGGACAGACUUCGCUAAAUUUGGAUGUCCAACUCCUGACAAAAGUUCAGAAGUAGAGUGGGCGCCUUACACUUUAAAAAAGCAAAAUUAUGUGAACAUCGCCGAAAAAGUUAUUGCGCGUGAAGAACCAGCGAAAGAAGAUAUCAUUUUUUGGGAUAAAAUUCACGCUCAACACUUUCCUCACUAUGCAUUUUAUGUGCCAGAAUAA